ACUUUCCACAACAUUAAUAAAUCCAGGCACCUACUUUUCCUUCCCAAUUCCCAUUACAAAUACCCAUCUAUUAUUUAUAGCUUUUUACAAUCAUAUAAACCAAGUUAAUUAUCACCAACACAACCCAAAACGAAAAGAACAAAAAACAAAAGAAAGAGAAAAAAUGCUUCAUAAUCUUGUAGAUGCCCUUUCAGGAAAUGUUACUAAGAAGAAGGAGAUAAAGGGCAGAGUAGUGUUGAUGAAGAAAUAUGUACUGGAUUUCAAUGAUUUUACUGCAUCAAUUCUUGAUAGAUUUGAUGAAUUGCUGGGUAAAAAAGUGUCCUUUCAGCUUGCUAGUGCUGUCAAUGCCGACCCAGAAAACGAAUCGAAAGGGAAACUUGGCAAGCCUUCAUAUCUGGGAGAUUGGCUCACAAAUUUCACUGGUUUAACACCUGGGGAGUCAGCUUUUAGUAUUACAUUUGCUUGGGAUGAAGAUAUUGGUGUUCCUGGUGCAAUAGUAAUAAGAAAUGAGCAUCAAAAUCAGUUUUACCUUAAGUCUGUCACCUUAGAAGACACCCCUGAUAAUAUUGGUAAAAUCCAUUUUGUUUGUAAUUCUUGGAUCUACCCAACUCAACGUUACACGAAAGAUCGCAUAUUUUUCAGCAAUAAGACUUAUCUACCACACCAAACACCAGCACCUUUGAGAAAGUAUCGUGAAGAAGAGCUUGAGAUUCUGAGAGGGAAUGGAGAAGGGAAGUUAGAGGAAUGGGAUCGCGUGUAUGACUAUGCGUACUACAAUGAUCUAGGAGAUCCGGAUAAAGGUCCAAAGUAUGUUCGCCCUGUACUUGGAGGAUCUGCUGAAUUUCCUUAUCCUCGGAGGGGAAGGACUAGUCGUCCUCCAUCAAAGACAGAUCCCAACACAGAGAGUAGGCUUCCCCUUGUGAAGGGAUUAGACGUCUAUGUUCCAAGAGAUGAGAAAUUCGGACACUUGAAAAUGUCUGAUUUCCUGGGUUACGCUCUCAAGUCCUUGUCUCAGGACUUUGUUGCUGGUCUGGAGUCUAUAUUUGACAAGAACCCUAAUGAGUUUGAUAGUUUCCAAGAUGAACUUGAUCUAUAUGAAGGCGGAGUCAAGCUACCAGAGAGUGAUAUCAUUAAUAAGAUAAAAGAGAGUAUUCCAUUUGAAUUCCUAAAAGCUUUCCUUCAAUCUGAUGGUGCACCGAUCCUGAAAUUCCCAAUGCCUGAUGUAAUCAAAGAGGAUAAGUCAGCUUGGAGAACUGAUGAAGAAUUUGCAAGGGAAAUGCUAGCUGGAGUUAAUCCUCUAGUCAUUCGCCGCCUUGAGGAAUUUCCUCCUGUUAGCAAGCUCGAUCCAAAAACAUAUGGAAACCAAAACAGCUCAAUCACCAAACAACACCUUGAGCAAAACCUUGGUAGAUUAACUGUAGAAGAGGCAAUUAAAAAAAACAAGCUAUUCAUUUUAGAUCACCACGACACUUUGAUGCCACAUGUGAGGCAUAUAAACUCCACUGCUUCGAAGAUCUAUGCCACGAGAACGAUUCUCUUCUUAAAAGAUGAUGGAACUUUGACGCCUUUAGCAAUUGAGUUGAGUCUACCACAUCCAGAUGGAGAUGGAUUGGGUGCUGUUAGCAAGGUGUUUACACCAGCACAUGAAGGUGUUGAAAGCUCAAUUUGGCAGCUAGCCAAAGCUUAUGUUGCUGUUAAUGAUUCUGGCCACCAUCAACUCAUCAGCCACUGGAUGCUAACUCAUGCAGUAAUAGAGCCUUUUGUGAUAGCAUCAAAUAGACAACUUAGUGUGCUCCACCCAAUUUAUAAGCUUCUACACCCUCAUUUCCGUUACACUAUGGAUAUAAAUGCAAUAGCAAGGCAGGUACUUCUUAAUGCUGAAGGCUUGCUUGAGAAAACUGUAUUUCCAAGACAGUAUUCCAUGGAGUUGUCGUCAGCAACGUACAAGAACUGGAUUUUUACUGAACAAGCCGUCCCUAGGGAUCUCGUCAAGAGGGGAAUGGCUGUGAAAGACUCAAAGAGCCCUUAUGGCUACAAACUACUGAUUGAGGACUACCCAUAUGCUGUUGAUGCACUAGACAUUUGGUCAGCAAUCGAGACAUGGGUGAAAGAUUAUUGCUCAUUUUACUACAAGUCUGAUGACAUGAUCACUAACGACAUUGAACUACAAUCGUGGUGGAAAGAAAUCCGAGAAAAAGGCCAUGGUGAUAAGAAGGAUGAGAAAUGGUGGCCAGAAUUGAAGACAUUUGAUGAACUAAUUGAAACUUGCACCACUAUAAUAUGGGUUGCUUCUGCCCUCCAUGCAGCAGUCAAUUUCGGGCAGUACCCUUAUGCCGGGUACCACCCAAAUCGCCCAACUAUAAGCCGGAGAUUGAUGCCAGAACCAAAUACUCCUGAGUAUGAAGAACUUGAGAAAAACCCUGACACUAUAUUCCUGAGGACCAUUUCAAGCAAGCUCCAAAGUGUGCUUGGGAUCUCACUAAUCGAGCUUUUGUCUCGACAUCCUACUGACGAGGUCUACCUUGGGCAGAGAGAAACCCGUGAAUGGACUGCAGAUAGUGCACCAUUAGAAGCAUUUGAGAGAUUUGGAAAGAAGGUGGAGGAGAUCGAAGAUAAGAUCGUAGAGAGGAACAAAGAUGGGAGGUGGAAGAAUCGAGUUGGUCCGGUGAAGUUACCAUACACAUUGCUUUAUCCUUCAAGUGAAGCAGGACUAACUGGCAGGGGAAUUCCUAACAGUACAUCAGUCUGAAGCCUUUUAAGUUAGCUGCAUUUCUGACAUCUCAGGCAUAUAGCUUGAUAUCUGUAUAUGGUUGAUAUUCACUUUACUUGUCAUAAUAAAAGCAUGGAGCACAUAUGGCUUCUGGUAAGAACCGGAUUAUACUCUAUUGUUGAAACUUGAAACAUUUAUGUACGAAUGUAUUCAUGAUUCAUAUAUAUGAAGUAUAUGAUUUAUGCCUCAAAUCUGAGUGAUUAUUUUGUAAUUAGGAAAUCAUAGAACAAU